GUGCGUAGGUUUAAUUCGGGAAUCCUCUCGUAUUGCCGGAAGAUGUGCAUAUUGGGUUCGCAGGGCCGCCAUAGAAUGAAUAUUGUGCCGAUUGGUGGACCUCCUUGAGUGUAUGCCGUAACAGCUACUUCGUUCCAUCACAUCCCGCGCUAUUUAAUCGCGAGCUACUGGCUCGAAAAUAAGCAAACAAUCAGAUCAUGUUGUCCCAAGCCCUAGAUAGCGGUCGCCGUAUCAGCGGGCACAUCAAGACAUUAUUUUUGUUCACGAAGUCCGACGUCGUUGCGGUUCUGAUACCUAUCACUUUGGCUUCUUUCGCAGCUGCUCGCCAUCCCGACGUAACUCGCAUUCCAGACAUCAUCAUAUGGAUAUGGCUACACGUCCUAAAACAUGAUAUAUAUAACCAGAUGCAGGAUCCAGAGGAGGACAAGAAAAACAAGCCUCAUCGCCCUCUCGCUGCUGGUCGUAUAAGUGCUCAAAAUGCGGCAGAUGUGCGCUGGCUGCUAGUGCCAAUUUGUCUGAUCUUGUCUGCAAUGCAUGGCAGCCAGGCUCUCGCCUGUAGCGUUUGUGCGGAAGUCCUCAGCAUCUGGUAUAACGAGUUUGGUGGCGAUAAGACUGCACUUUCGAAGAGCCUAUUGACGGCUAUGGCAUACACAAUUCUUGAUCUAGGCGCAACGGUCGUGGGAGGGUCCAGCAUUGAUAGCGUCGGGGCACGUGCACAUGUCUUCAGUUUUGUGGUGUUUGCUACGACGAUUCAUGCACAAGAUUUCAAGGAUGAAGAGGGAGAUCGCUUGACAGGAAGACGCACUCUUGUCACUCUGUUCCCUACCUUUGCACGCAUGUCCAUGAUGAUUGGCAUCCCCCUUUGGUCACUCUGCCUGAGCAGACUCUGGAAGGUGGAUUUCAUCUGUUCUGUUGCAUUUAUAGCGUACGGAGCCGUUGUCGGGGUGAGAUUCAUGGUUUGUAGGACUGCGAGUGCUCAUAAACAAUCGUGCAAAUUGUACAGCCUCUGGUUUACCCUUGUGCACUUACUCCCUGGCUACUGGCGAUUUUUCUACAGCACUUGAACUGGAAGCCCCAGUGUGUUAGGCGUAACAAGCGCCUCGCUGUGACUCGUUAUUCGUUUCCUUUCGCGAUCACUUACUGCGCAUAGUAGGCUACGGAGAAGUUACCACCACAUUCCGAAAUAUCCAGGGACAAAUUCUCGAGACUAGAGAUUGACAAGAGGGGACAAAUUUUGCUGUGUUAUUGAUAUCGAUUCAGUAUGAUAAAUAUUACGUAAUGGUACAGUAUGCUAUAAUGAAUUUAUACAGUCACGUGAA